AUGGGUAAACCUGAAAAUACUUGUACAAACAAAACUGAGAAGAUAACAUCUUCAAAUUCUAAUUUAUCGUUUAUUGGUACUCAGUCGAACACUUCAGCUACAAUGACUAAUACGAAAUCAACAGUUCAGUAUAACUUAAAUAAAUGUUCUCCAGUAGUCAAUAAUAAUCAGGGAAAUAUAUCAGACUGUCGGAUGACAAACCGUUUGCAGAAUCCUACAAGAAAUACAAGCAAUAAAGCAGCAUCGGGAGAUACAGGUGAUAUAAGUUCCGUCUGUGAGAUAUCAAAAAGUCAAAAUUAUGAUGAAUCAUUGGUAAAUCAAAAUGGUAGAGGUAGUGGUGGCAGUAUAUCUGUAACACCAGUUUUAUCAACUCAGUCGUCUUCAUCAGGAUCAGUAGCAGUGAAUGACAAAACAUCACAAUCAUCAUAUUCAACUGUGAGUGGAUCAGUAAUGUGCAAUAAUUCUCAAGAAAAUAAAACUAAUUUAAUAAUAAAUUAUCUGCCACCAAAUAUGAGUCAAGAGGAGGUACGUGCUUUAUUUUCUAGCGUCGGUGAAGUAGAAAGUUGUAAGUUAGUAAGAGAAAAGACAUCAGGUGAAAGCUUGGGUUAUGCUUUUGUAAAAUUCUGUAAUUCAGCAGAUGCUGGUAAAGCAAUAAAAACAAUGAAUGGACUUCGAUUACAAAAUAAAACAGUUAAAGUGUCGCUAGCCAGACCAAGUUCUGAAGCUAUAAAGGGAGCGAAUUUGUAUAUAUGUGGAUUACCGAGAAAAAUGAAUCAGUGUGAAUUAGAAAAGCUCUUCAGUACAUGUGGCCAUAUUAUCACAGCUAGAAUCUUGUAUGAUACAAAGACUGGUUUAUCCAGAGGUGUAGCAUUCAUUCGUUAUGAUCAACGUACAGAAGCAGAGAUAGCUAUCAGAAGACUGAACGGAUAUUUGCCCCCUGGAGCUAAUGAGCCUAUUACAGUUAAGUUUGCCAAUUCACCAGGCUCAAACAGAGCUGAGAAUUUUAGCCUUUGUUAUAUUAAGUCUCCGGAUGGAGAAGCAGGAAUAAGAUAUCCUCCAAACUCUGGACCAUAUAACACUGGAGGUUUAAAUCAGGUAGGUAAAAUAAUGCCUGGGUUCCCGGUAGAACCUAGUGAAAUGAAUCAGACGAGGAAUAAGAAGAAUGAUCAUCUUCACAAUACAUCUGUAAACGGGUCACAAUUUAAUAAUGCUUCAACAUGUAGUGUUCGAACAGUUGUGAAUCGUGUUCAGACACCUCCAGUUACCAUCUCUCGAUCAAAUGGCAAUACCAACUGUUCAACGUCUUAUAAAAAUAGUUGUAUAUCAGGGAAUUCUACGGGUACAGGCAGUCACACUCAAACAAUAUCAAAUAAACUUUCACUUCAUAUCACCAACACAAGUGCUGCAAACAACAUUAAUAGUUCAAAGACGUCUGACGUUGGCAUAUCAGGAUCAUUAAAUAAGUUGAAUAACGUCACUAGACUCAAGUGUCAGGCUGCUGCUGCAGCCGUAGCAGCUAUUUCAGGGGGUACUGGUGCUGCACUUCGAUGUACAAACAAUAUGUUAGGUAGUCCAUUGGCUACAAGUUUUCCCGCAGGUUUACCUACAUUUGGAAUGGAAUUUAUGCGUGGUAUCGGACCAAGCGCACAUGCUCUCCUAGCUCCAGCAUUUGCUGCUAGCUCAGGAGCAUUAACAGCAACCGGUUGGUGUAUUUUUGUUUACAAUUUAGCUCCAGACACAGAGGAAUCUAUACUCUGGCAAUUAUUUGGACCUUUUGGUGCAGUACAAACUGUUAAAGUGAUAUGUGAUCCAGCUACUGGUAAAUGUAAAGGUUUUGGGUUUGUUACAAUGAGCAACUAUGAAGAAGCCUUAUUAGCAAUUCAUUCAUUGAAUGGUUUCACUCUUGGUAAUAGGAUACUUCAGGUAUCAUUUAAGACAACACCGAACCCAAAACAAAUGAGGUAUUUUACAAAUAAUUUUAUUGAUAGAAAUCUACUCUUAUCAAAUUUACCUGGCUCAAUAACACCUGUAUCCAAUACCACUUUUACACAGAAUUCAUAA